AUGCUCCUCUCUCUCCUCCUCCUCCUCCUCCUCAGCCUCGUGGGCUCUCUCGCUCUGGAAGAUCUGGAAAGGAAGGCGUUGGUCUUCCCGGAGGCAUCAAACACAGCUCAUGCACGCUUGAAUAUCACGACCCAGCAGCCCCUGACGAGCUUCACCCUGUGCUUAAGAUACCUCACAGAAAUAAAGGGCUUCCAAACCCUUUUCUCUUACGCAAGCAAGAGGACUGACAAUGAGAUCGCCCUCUACAAAAGCAAUAAUGGUUACCAGCUUAAUAUAGAGGGGCUUACCCAUGUAGAGUUCAAGGUUCCAGACAUACUAACCAGCAACUCGAUUGGGGAGCACGUUUGCGUAAGUUGGGAGUCUGCCACAGGUUUAGCUGAGCUCUGGGUGAACGGGAGGCCCUUGGUCCGGAAGAGCUUGCAGAAAGGUCACUCCGUCAGUGCUGAAGGAUCCGUGGUUAUCGGGCAAGACCAGGAUAACGUUGGAGGGGGCUUUGACAUCAACCAAUCCUUUGUAGGGAAGGUCACAGACGUGUACAUGUGGGGCCGUGUUCUGUGCCCCGACGAGGUGGUCCUUGCCUUUCACAACUACCUUCUUCCUGGCUACCUGAUUAACUGGAGAUCACUGAGUUACAGCAUUAGAGGCUAUGCCCUUGUUAAGCCUGCCCUACUGUCAGCCCACAGAGCUGGGUAG